UCUCUCUCUCUCUCUGUCCCUCUCCAGACCAAUCGAUCAGUAGCUGCUUUAGAGGCCGAGAUGCAGAAGCUGCAGGACACGGCUGACCUUUUUGAGGUCAGCUUCCCUGACUACAAGCAGCUGCGCCAGUGUCGCUCUGACCUCAUUCUGGUCAAGGCGGUCUGGGACAUGGUCAUCUUUGUCAAGACAAGUAUAGAGGAGUGGACCAAGACCCCGUGGAAGGAGAUCAACGUAGAGCAGAUGGACAUGGAGCUCAGGCGGUUCGCAAAGGAGAUGAAGACGCUGGAUAAGGAGGUGCGCGUGUGGAACGUGUACGCGGGCCUGGAGGCCACGGUGAAGAACAUGCUGACCUCACUGAGGGCCGUCAACGAGCUGCAGAACUCGGCCGUCCGCGAGAGGCACUGGCAGCAGCUGAUGAACACCACCGGGGUGAGGUUUGUGAUGAACGAGAGCACCACCCUGGGGGACCUGCUGGAGCUCCAGCUCCACGUGGAGGACGAGGUGAAGAACAUCGUGGACAAGGCGGUGAAGGAGAUGGGCAUAGAGAAGGUGCUGGCCGAGAUCACCCAGACAUGGAGCGUGAUGGCUCUGUCCUAUGAGACCCACGCCAACACUGGAACACCCCUGCUCAAAGCAGACGAGAACCUCAUAGAGACGCUGGAGGACAACCAGGUGCAGCUGCAGAACAUCCUGAUGAGUAAGUACGUGGAGUACUUCCAGGCGGAGGUGAGCGGCUGGCAGCGGCGGCUGAUGGUGGCCGACCUGGUGAUCAGCUCCUGGCUGUCGGUGCAGAGGACCUGGGCCCACCUCAACAGCAUCUUCACCAACAGCCACGACAUCCGCUGCCAGCUGGCCCACGACGCAGAGCGCUUCCAGGGCAUACACUCUGACUUCCAGGGCCUGAUGACGCAGGUGGUGCAGACCAGCAACGUGGUGCAGGUGACCAACCGGCCGGGCUACCAGGAGCAGCUGGAGGCGCUGCAGCAGAGGCUGUCGGUGUGCGAGAAGGCCCUGGCCGAGUACCUGGAGACCAAGAGGCUCACCUUCCCCCGCUUCUACUUCGUCUCCGCCACCGACCUGCUGGAGAUCGUCUCCAAGGGGACUCAGCCCAAGCAGGUAACCAAGCACCUUCUGAAGCUGUUUGACAACAUAGCAGAUCUCCGCUUCAAGGAUUCAGAGCGUGGAGGUGGAGGCAGCGACGGGGAGGCGGUUGCCAUGGGGAUGUACAGCCGAGAGGGAGAAUACGUGGCCUUCUCUGAACCAUGCGUCUGCGAAGGACAGGCUGAGUGCUGGCUGAGUGCCCUUGAGAGCACCAUGUGCAGCACGGUGCGGAAGGAGAUCCAGGAGGCUGUGGCCGCGUACGAAGACAAGCCGCGAGACCAGUGGCUCUUUGACUACCCUGCACAGGUGGGUCUGACCGGGAGCCAGGUGUGGUGGGCCACGGAUGUGGGCAUCGCGUUCGAGAGGGUGGAGGAAGGGUUUGAGACGGCUUUGAAAGACUACAACAAGAAACAGAUCACCCAGCUGAACUCCCUGAUCCACAUGCUGCUGGGGGAGCUGACCCCGGGCGACCGGCAGAAGAUCAUGACCAUCUGCACCAUCGACGUCCACGCCCGCGACGUGGUGGCCAAGCUGAUCGCCCAGAAGGUGACGACGGGCCAGGCCUUCGCGUGGCUGUCCCAGCUGCGGCACCGCUGGGACGAGGACAGCCGGCAAUGCUACGUAAACAUCUGCGACGCCCAGUUCCAGUUCAGCUACGAGUACCUGGGGAACACCAACAGACUGGUCAUCACCCCACUGACUGACAGAUGCUACAUCACCCUGACUCAGUCCCUCCAUCUGACCAUGAGUGGCGCCCCCUCUGGCCCUGCCGGGACCGGCAAGACAGAGACCACCAAGGACCUGGGCCGCUCGCUCGGCAUCAUGGUCUAUGUGUUCAACUGCUCAGAACAGAUGGACUACAAGUCCAUAGGGAACAUCUACAAGGGGCUGGCUCAGACAGGCGUAUGGGGGUGCUUUGAUGAGUUCAACAGGAUCUCUGUGGAGGUUCUGUCUGUGGUGGCCGUGCAGGUCAAGACCAUACAGGAUGCUGUUCGCAACAAGAAACAGAGGUUCCACUUCCUGGGGGAGGAGAUAGAGCUGAGGCCCACAGUGGGGAUCUUCAUCACUCUGAACCCGGGCUACGCCGGGAGGGCGGAGCUUCCUGAGAACCUCAAGGCCCUGUUCAGGCCCUGUGCCAUGGUGAUCCCGGACUUCGAGCUGAUCUGUGAGAUCAUGUUGGUCGCCGAGGGCUUCAUCGACGCCCGUCUGCUGGCACGCAAGUUCAUCAGCCUGUACACGCUGUGCAAGGAGCUGCUGUCCAAACAGGAUCACUAUGACUGGGGUUUGAGGGCCAUCAAGUCGGUCCUGGUGGUGGCCGGGUCCCUGAAGAGGGAGGAGAGGAGCCGGCCUGAGGAGCAGGUGUUGAUGCGGGCUCUGAGGGACUUCAACCUGCCCAAGAUCGUGACCAGCGACGUGCCCAUCUUCCUGGGGCUCAUCAGCGACCUCUUCCCCCAGCUGGACGUGCCCAGGAAGAGGGACCCCGAGCUGGAGAACGCCGUGCGCCAGUCGGUCAGCGAGCUGCGCCUGCAGCCCGAGGAGAACUUCAUCCUCAAGGUGACGCAGUUGGAGGAGUUGUUGGCAGUCAGACAUUCUGUGUUUGUAGUCGGAGGACCGGGAACAGGCAAGAGCCAGAUCCUGAAGACCCUGCACAGGACCUACGCCAACAUGCAGAUGAAGCCGGUGUGGAGCGACAUGAACCCCAAGGCGGUGACCACCGACGAGCUGUUCGGCUACCUGCACCCGGCCACCAGGGAGUGGAAGGACGGUCUGUUCUCCUCCACCAUGAGGGAGAUGACCUCGGUGGGCCACGACAGUCCCAAGUGGAUCGUGCUGGACGGGGACAUCGACCCCAUGUGGAUCGAGUCCCUCAACACCGUCAUGGAUGACAACAAGGUGCUGACCCUGGCCAGCAACGAGCGCAUCAGCCUGUCCCCCUCCAUGCGCCUGCUCUUUGAGAUCUCCCACCUGAGGGCCGCCACCCCCGCCACCGUGUCCCGGGCCGGGAUCCUCUACGUCAACCCCCAGGACCUGGGCUGGAGCUCGUACGUGACGAGCUGGAUUGACACCCGUAGCGCCCAAUCAGAGCGGGCCAACCUGACCAUCCUGUUUGAUAAGUACGUGCCCUGCUGCCUGGAGCAGGUCCGCUGCAACCUGAAGACCAUCACACCCAUCCCAGAGAACAGCAUGGUGCAGACCCUGUGCUCCCUGCUGGACUGCCUGCUGACGGAGGACAACACCCCGGCCGACUCCCCCAGGGAGCUGUACGAGAUCUACUUCGUGUUCGCCUGCGUCUGGGCCUUCGGAGGGGCGCUGUUCCAGGACCAGCUCAUCGACCACCGCGCCGAGUUCAGCCGCUGGUGGUCCAAGGAGAUGAGGGCGGUCAAGUUCCCCUCCCAGGGAACCGUCUUCGACUACUUCAUCGACUCGGAGACCAAGAAGUUCACGCCCUGGAGCGAGAGGAUGCUGCCAUUUGAGCUGGAGCCCGAGGCCCCUCUGCAGACGGUGUUGGUCCACACGGCGGAGACCAUCUGCCUCACCUUCUUCAUAGACCUGCUCCUCCAGAGGGGCAAGCCCAUCAUGUUGGUGGGCAACGCCGGGGUGGGCAAGUCCAUCCUGGUGUGGGACAAGGUGUCCCGGCUGAGGGAGGCCUACGUGGUGACCAAGGUGCCCUUCAACUACUACACCACCUCGGCCGUGCUGCAGCGAGUGCUGGAGAAGCCCCUGGAGAAGAAGGCCGGCCGCAACUACGCCCCCCCGGCCGCCAAGAGACUCAUCUACUUCAUCGACGACCUCAACAUGCCCGAGGUGGACGUCUACGGGACCUGCCAGCCUCACACACUCAUACGCCAGCACCUCGACUACCACCACUGGUAUGACAGACAGAGGCUGGUGUUGAAGGAGAUCCACAGCUGUCAGUACAUCACCUGCAUGAACCCCACGGCUGGGAGCUUCUCUGUCAACCCCCGGCUGCAGCGACACUUCUCUGUGUUUGCGGUCCACUUCCCGAGCGCCGAGGCCCUGGCCACCAUCUUCUCCAGCAUCCUGUCGGCUCACUUCCUGCAGGGGGGCUUCAGCUACGGGGUCUCGCGCUCUGUGGGAACCCUCAUACAGGCAGCUAUCUGUCUGCACCAGAAGGUCAGCCAGAACUUCCUCCCUACCGCCAUACGCUUCCACUACAUCUUCAACCUGAGAGACCUCUCCAACAUCUUCCAGGGCAUCCUGUUCGCCCAGCCGGACUGCAUCCGCUACCCCAUCGAGCUGGUCCACCUGUGGCUCCACGAGAGCUCCAGGGUCUACUCAGACAAGCUGAUGGAGGAGAAGGACGAGGAGCUCUUCAACAAGAUCCUCAUCGACACCGGCAAGAGAUACUUUGAGGGUAUAGACGAGUCCAUCUUCAUUCACCAGCCUCUCGUCUACUGUCACUUCUCCCUCGGAGUGGGAGAGCCCCGUUACCACCAGGCCUCUGACUGGGAGAAGCUACAGAAGACUCUGUACGACGCCCUGGAGCACUACAAUGAGCUGCACGCCGUCAUGAACCUGGUGCUGUUUGAGGAGGCCAUCCAGCAUGUGUGUCGCAUCAGUCGCAUCCUGGAGGCUCCCCACGGCAACGCCCUGCUCGUGGGGGUGGGGGGGAGCGGCAAGCAGAGCCUCUGUCGGCUGGCCGCCUUCCUCAGCCUGCUGGAGGUGUCCCAGGUCACCCUACGCAAGGGCUACGGCAUCAACGACCUCAGGAGCGACAUCGCAGCGCUGUACAUCAAGGUGGGAGUGAAGAACAUCGGGACCGUGUUCCUCCACACCGACGCCCAGAUUCCUGACGAACGCUUCCUGGUCCUCAUCAACGACAUGCUGGCCUCGGGGGACAUCCCUGACCUGUUCAGUGACGAGGACGUGGACAUGAUCGUGACGUCCAUCCGCAUGGAGCUACGGGGGCUGGGCCUGCUGGACACCAGGGACAACUGCUGGGGCUUCUUCAUCGAGAGGAUACGGCGCCAGCUCAAGGUGGUCCUGUGUUUCUCUCCGGUGGGCUUCACACUGCGGACCCGGGCACGGAAGUUCCCGGCGCUGGUCAACUGCACCGCCAUCGACUGGUUUCACUCCUGGCCCCAGCUGGCCCUUCAGUCUGUCAGCUCCAGCUUCAUCGAGAAGAUACCGGCACUAGAGCCCGAUGUCCGGGCCUCUAUCAGCGAGUUCAUCUCCUUCGCCCAUACCAGUGUCAACGAGGUGAGUGUGAAAUACCAGCAGAACGAGAAGCACUUCAACUACACCACGCCUAAGAGCUUCCUGGAGUUCAUCAAGCUGUACAGCCACGUGCUGGGCACCAAGCGCACAGAGCUCACCCAGAAGAUGGAGCGGCUGGAGAACGGCCUGCUGAAGCUGCAGACCACUGCCGCCCAGGUGGAGGACCUGAAGGCCAAGCUAGCCAUUCAGGAGGUGGAGCUGUGGCACAGGAACACAGACACAGAGGCCCUCAUCUCUGAGAUAGGACAGCAGACGGACAAGCUCAACCUGGAGAGGGCUGUGGCCGACGAGGAGGAACAAAGGGUGGCGGCCAUCCAGGCGGAGGUGACCAAGCAGCAGCGGGAGACGGAGGAGGACCUGGCCAAGGCGGAGCCCGCCCUGCAGGCCGCUAAUGCAGCCCUCAACACGCUCAACAGGCUGAACCUGACGGAGCUGAGGACGUUCCCCAACCCCCCCGUCAUCGUGACCAACGUGUCGGCGGCGGUGCUGGUUCUGAUGGCGCCGCCCGGACGCAUCCCCAAGGACCGCAGCUGGAAGGCCUCCAAGGUGGUGAUGAGCAAGGUCGACGAUUUCCUGCAGGCACUGGUGAACUUUGAUAAGGAGCACAUCCCCGAGGCGACGGUGAGGUGUGUGAGGGACGAGUACCUCAAGGACCCCGACUUCAACCCCGACUUCGUCAGGCUCAAGUCCUCCGCCGCUGCCGGCCUCUGCUCCUGGGUCAUCAACAUCGUCCGCUUCCACGAGGUCUUCUGCGAGGUGGAGGUGAAGAGGUUGUGUCUGUCUCAGGCCAACGCUGAUCUGGUCGAGGCUGCGGAGAAACUAGAAGCACUCAGGAAGAAACUGACCGAGCUGGACGCUAGCCUGGAGACGCUAACAUCUGCUUUUGAGACAGCCACCUCGGAGAAGCUGCGCUGUCAGGAGGAGGUCAACCGCACCAACAAGACCAUAGAACUGGCCAACCGGCUGGUCAAAGGGCUGGAGAGCGAGAAUGUGCGCUGGGCCCACUCUGUGGCUCAGUAUCAUGAGCAGGAGGCCACGCUCUGCGGGGACGUCCUGCUGACGGCUGCCUUCAUCUCCUACGCCGGCUCCUUCUCCAAGAAGUACAGGAGAGAGCUCCUGGACAACCUCUGGAUGCCCUUCCUCCGCACUCAGAAGGUGCUCAUCCCCAUGAACGCAGACCUGGAUCCGGUCUCCAUGCUGACUGAUGAUGCCACCGUGGCCCAGUGGAACAACGAAGGUCUGCCCGGAGACAAGAUGUCCACGCAGAAUGCCACCAUCCUCACCAACUGCGAGCGUUGGCCCCUACUCAUAGACCCACAGCUGCAGGGCAUCAAAUGGAUCAAGAGUCGCUAUGGCAACAGCCUGAAGGUGGUCAGCCUGGGCCAGAAGGGCUACGUGGAUGUGAUAGAGCAGGCGGUGGUCACCGGGGAGACGGUCCUCAUUGAGAACCUGGAGGAGACCAUUGACCCUGUCAUAGACCCCCUCCUGGGACGACACACCAUCAAGAAGGGAAGCUGUAUUAAAGUGGGCGACAAGGAGUGCUUCUUCCACCCGAGCUUCAAGCUGAUCCUCCACACCAAGCUGGCCAACCCCCACUACAAGCCCGAGAUCCAGGCCCAGACUACCCUCAUCAACUUCACCGUGACCCGGGACGGCCUGGAGGACCAGCUCCUCGCCCAGGUGGUCAACCAGGAGCGGCCCGACCUGGAGCACCUCAAGAGUGAGUUGACCAAGCAGCAGAACCUGUUUAAGAUUGAGCUGAAGCUGUUGGAGGACGAGCUGCUGAGCCGGCUGUCUGCCGCUGGGAGCAACUUCCUGGGGGACAACGUCCUGGUGGAGAAGCUGGAGACCACCAAGCACACCGCCGCAGAGAUAGAGAUGAAGGUGCUGGAGGCCAAGGUGAACGAGGUGAAGAUCAACGAGGCGAGGGAGCACUACCGCCCGGUGGCCGUGCGGGCCUCCCUGCUUUACUUCAUCAUGAACGACCUGAACAAGAUCAACCCCAUGUACCAGUUCAGCCUCAAGGCCUACACCGUGGUGUUCCACAAGGCCGUGGAGAUGGCAGACCAUUACGAGGACGUGAAAAGCAGAGUGAACACGUUGAUAGACUGCAUCACAUACUCCACCUUCAACUACAUCAGCAGGGGGCUGUUUGAGAGAGACAAGCUCACCUUUACCGCACAGCUGGCCUUUCAGUUGCUGCUGAUGAGUAAGGAGAUAGACAUGCGAGAGCUGGACUUCCUGUUGCGUUUUAACAUCGACCACAGCUACCCAAGCCCCCUGGAGUUCCUGUCCAGCCCAGCGUGGAGCGCCAUUAAGACCAUGAGCUUCACCGAGGAGUUCCGCGGUCUGGACCGGGACAUCGAGGGCUCCCCAAAGCGCUGGAAGAAGGUGGUGGAGUCUGAGUGCCCCGAGAAGGAGAAGUUCCCCCAGGAGUGGAAGGGGAAGAGCUCCCUGCAGAAGCUCAUCAUGAUGAGGGCCCUGAGGCCCGACCGCAUGACCUACGCCCUCCGUAACUUUGUGGAGGAGAAGCUGGGGGUGAAGUACACCGAGGGCAGGAAGACGGAGUUCGCUAAGUCCUUCAGGGAGAGUGCCCCGGCCUCCCCCGUCUUCUUCAUCCUGUCCCCCGGGGUGGACCCUCUGAAGGACGUGGAGGCGCUGGGCAGGAAGCUGGGCUUCACCAUCGACCUGGGCAAGCUGCACAACGUGUCGCUGGGCCAGGGCCAGGAGGCGGUGGCCGAGGCGGCCAUGGAGAGCGCUGCCAAGGAGGGCCACUGGAUCAUACUGCAGAACAUCCACCUGGUGUACCGCUGGCUGGGCUGUCUGGAGAAGCUCCUGGAGCGCUGCUGUGAGAGCAGCCACCCCGACUACCGCGUGUUCAUGAGCGCAGAGCCCACCCUCACGCCGCAGGAGCACAUCAUCCCCCAGGGGAUCCUUGAGAAUGCCAUCAAGAUCACCAACGAGCCCCCCACUGGCAUGCAUGCCAACCUGCAUGCUGCGCUGGACAACUUUGAUCAGGACAUCCUGGACCAGUGCAGUCGUGAGCAGGAGUUCAAGACCAUCCUCUUCUCCCUGUGCUACUUCCACGCCUGCGUGGCGGAGAGGAGGAAGUUCGGACCCCAGGGCUGGAACAGGAAGUACCCCUUCAACACGGGAGACCUGACCAUAUCCGUCAACGUGUUGUACAACUAUUUGGAGGCUAACUCCCAGGUACCAUGGGAGGAUCUGAGGUACCUGUUCGGGGAGAUUAUGUACGGGGGUCACAUCACUGACGACUGGGACCGAAGGCUCUGCAGAACCUACCUGGAGGAGUACAUGCAGCCCAACCAGUUUGACAGGAAGCUGGCUCUGGCUCCUGGCUUCGUGGUUCCCUCCAACCUGGACUACCAGGGUUACCACGGUUACGUCGACGAGAUGCUGCCCCAUGAGAGCCCCGUCCACUACGGCCUGCACCCCAACGCGGAGAUCGAGUUCCUGACGGUGACGUCGGACGGCCUGUUCCACACGCUGCUGGAGCUCCAGUCCCCGGACGCCGCCGCGGGCGAGGGGGCCUCCCAGAGCCUGGAGGAGAAGGUGAAGACGGUUCUGGACGAGGUGCUGGAGAGGCUUCCGGAGGAGUACAACAUGUCAGACAUCUCGUCCAAGACGGCCGAGCGCUCGCCCUACAUCCUGGUCUGCUUCCAGGAGUGUGAGCGCAUGAACGCCCUCAUCAACGAGAUCCGCCGCUCGCUGAAGGAGCUGGACCUGGGGCUCAGGGGGGAGCUGGCCAUUUCCUCUGAGAUGGAGCAGAUUCAGUCGGCUCUGUUCUUUGAGAACGUCCCGGACACCUGGACCAAGCUGGCCUACCCCUCCACCUACAGCCUGGCCCUGUGGUGUGUGUGUGUGUGUGUGUGUGUGUGUGUGUGUGUGUGUGUGUGUGUGUGUGUGUGUGUGUGUGUGUGUGUGUGUGUGUGUGUGUGUGUGUGUGUGUGUGUGUGUGUGUGUGUGUGUGUGUGUGUGUGUGUGUGUGUGUGUGUGUGUGUGUGUGUGUGUGUGUGUGUGUGUUUACAUAAUUAUACCUUUAAACCGGUAGCUAUUUCUCUACAAUAA